AUGAGGCUUAUAUCUUGGAACUGUCAAGGCCUAGGGGCAGACCUGACCGGAAAGACACUCCGACGUUUGGUUAAACGUCAUAACCCCUCUAUGCUUUUUCUUAUGGAGACUAGACAGCAGGAACCAGUGCUAAAGUAUUGGCUGAAACAACUGCGGUUUGACCACUUGCAUGUUGUCAAUCCCACAAAUAAUGGUGGCGGUGGUCUUGCUCUUUUCUGGGACAACUCUGUCCAGGUCUCCAGUAUUAUCGGCACGGUUAAUUAUGUAAAUACUAGUGUGUUUUUCAUUUCAGAAAAUUUUCACUGCAAUGUUUCUUGGUUGUACGGGAACCCCCAUGUGAAUCAAAAAACAGGCUUUUGGCGUUCUUUGUACACAACUUUCUCCCCUCAUGCUCUCCCUUGGUUGUGCUUGGGUGAUUUUAAUGAAAUGCUGUGGCUCCAUGAAAAAUGGGGAGACAACUUUCUCCAACUCUCAGAUCUUCUUUUCCAAGGGCCAGACUUCACUUGGUACGCCUAUCAACAUGGCAAGGUGGUAAUCAAAGAACGUCUGGACUGUGCCUUUGCCAAUAAUGAGUGGAUUGCAAACCAUCCACAGACCCAAGUCUUUCACCUUCCUUUACUUGGAUCGGACCAUAGACCAAUCAUGCUUGAUACUAAUCCAAAGGAGUUGAAGUCUCCACCAAUUUUCUGCUUUGAACAUCUCUGGACCACUCAUCCUACUUGUCAACAGAUAAUACACUCCAACUGGCAUACUUCCUCCUCUCUGGAUCUUUCCUCCUCUUGGGCUACAAACCUUCGAAAGUGCCAAUAUGCCCUCUCUCUUUGGGCAAAGGAUACUUUCCCGAAUUUUGGCAAGAUUGAAAUUGUUGGACAAACUCGGAUUCAGUCUCUAUUAGACUCUGACCUGACUGAUGCUCACCAACAAAUCAAAUCAGUCUCUGAUGAUAUUGCUUCUCACUGGGCUCUUGAGGAAAUGUAUUGGAAACAAAGGUCAAGGGUUUCGUGGCUAGCCCAUGGAGACCAUAACACUCGGUACUUCCAUCAGUCAACAAUCAUGCAUCGUCGAAGAAACAAGAUUCUUAGACUUAAGAAUGAUGAGGGUACUUGGUUAACAAAUGAGAGAGAUAUUGUUGCCCACCUAAACCACUUUUUUCGGGAAAUGUAUGAUGCUUCGCCAACUACCCACAUGCAAACAGUUCUUGAGUUUGUUGAUCCGGUGGUAACCAGGGAUAUGAAUGUGGCCCUGCUGGCAGAUAUCACCAUGGAGGAAGUAAAAGCUGCAGUUUUCUAUUUGGGAGGGCUUAAAUCUCCGGGACCGGACGACUUUCCUGGUACUUUCUACCAAUCAUAUUGGGAAAUUGUCAAGAAAGUGGUCCAUGAAGCAACAGCUCAAUCUUUUGCCUCUGCCUCCAUUUUGAAUCAAUUUAAUGCCACCUAUAUUGCUUUAAUUCCUAAGGUGGAAGUUCCCCAGCUAGCUACCCAUUUUCGUCCCAUUGCUCUCUGCAACUUUGCAUACAAAAUCUUGACAAAAAUCAUAUCUACCAGACUCAGACCUUUUAUGCCUUCCCUUAUUUCUGAAAACCAGUCGGCUUUCGUCUCUGGCCGACAGAUUCAGGACAACAUUCUAGUGGCCCAUGAACUUUUUCAUCACCUCAAGUUACUUAAGGCAGGAUCUGACGGUGAAUUUGCAAUCAAACUUGACAUGAAUAAAGCAUAUGACCGGGUGGAUUGGAAGUUUUUGGAAUUGGUCCUUCUCAAAAUGGGUUUCCAUCAUCUCUGGUUUGAUGUUGGGCAUGAGCCCGAUUCUCAACCCGGGUUUUUACCUUGGUCUUCCUACCGUCUGGGGACGCUCCAUGCUUUAGCCUAUGUCAAGGAGAAUAUUGAAAAGAAGAUCUCAGGGUGGAACAUUUCCACUCUCUCCCAAGCUGGGAAAGAAAUCAUGAUCAAGGCUGUGGCAAUGGGAGACAACACUACUACGGGAAUUCAUUGGAAGAAGUGGGCUUCUCUUGCCUUGCCAAAAACUGAUGGGGGCAUGGGUUUUCGAAGUAUUGAGACUUUCAAUUUAGCUCUUCUGGCUAAGCAGGGUUGGAGGAUAUUGACUAAUCCUAAUGCUCUUUGGGUUGGUUCUGGCAACACAAUUGACUUUUGGAGGGACAACUGGAUCCCACGCCUUCCGUCAUUCAAUUUGCUAAAUCAAAUGCCCCUUAAUUCUCCGGUCAUCCAUGUCAGUAAUUUUAUUGAUACAACCAACCAGGAGUGGAACUUGGACCCUGUCACCCCUCUCCUCUCAAUGGAAACCAUUAAUGCUAUAAGGGCUACCUCAUUCGGCAAUCCGGAGGAAUUAGACUCUUUACUAUGGUCGGCAAAUUCUUCUGGUAUCUACUCGGUACGGUCUGGGUAUGAAUCUAAAGUUAUGACAGCUGCUCCCAAUCCUGCAGGACACCCUCAUCUUUCGCACUCUAUCCACACGAGUAUUUGGACUUGGCUGUGGAAAGUCAAGGCAACUCCUCGCAUCAAACACUUCAUGUGGCGUGCUCUCUCUGGUGCUCUAGCAACUAACCACAAUAGAUUCCGAAGGCACCUGGCUUCAUCCCCUAUCUGCACCCUAUGUGAGGCUCAUUCUGAAACAAUUGAACAUGUUUUAUUCUUAUGCCCUUGGGCAAUGAGAACAUGGUUCUGCCACCCUCUGUCUUACAAGGUUGAUCCCCAAUCCGUCACAUCGCUUGAUAGAUGGAUUGUGACUGUCUUUAGAUUGGAAGAUACAUCUUCUUCAUCCAACCGGUUCUUUCAAACCCAUGUUUUGUUCUUACUAUGGUUCAUUUGGAAGCAGAGGUGCAACAGUGUGUUCAACAAUGAAAUUCCUGAUCCAGUCCACACUGCUUCCCGUGCCCACUCGGCAGCCUCAGAAUAUCUCAUGAUCCCUCAAGGCCUCUCCCGCAAAAUCACGAAGCCCAUUACAUGGGUGACAGAAUUGAAAUUAUGGAAUCCCCCCUCCCCUGGUCUUCUGAAGAUCAAUACAGAUGCGGCAUGGGAUGAGAGGUCCUCGGAGUGUGGACUAGCUUCCAUUAUUCGUGACUCCAAUGGGUCUGUCCUUGGUGGCUUUGCGAAGUCGACUCAUGCCUCUUCCUCUCUGGCAGCAGAAGCCAUGGCUAUUGUGCUUGGUCUUUCUCUGGCCUCUUCUUUAUCCCUUUCUUCUUUUCAGUUGGAAUCUGACUCCUUGGUACUGAUUUCAACCUUCUUAAACCCUCUCUCAUCGAUCGACUGGUCGGCUUCGCGGAUUGUGGCAAAGAUCCGGGUACUAGCUGGGCAAUUUGAUCGAGUAAACUGGCUCUGGGCGAGUAGGUAUGCUAAUCAAACUGCAGAUCUCGUGGCGGCGUUGGCAUCGCGCAGGGUGUGCACCGAGGACUGGGUUUCCAAUCCUCCUCCCUCCCUAAUGCGCAUACUUCUCUUUGAUGCUCAAGGGCCUCCUCCUUGA